UGUGGAGAAGGGCUGGUGGGGACAAAAGGGACAUAAGCUGGCAAUGUGCACUUGCAGCCCAGAGAGCCAAGUGUCUCCUGGGCCACAUCACCAGCAGGUUGAGGGAGGGGAUGCUGCCCCUCUGCUCUGCUCUCCUGGGGCCCCCCAGAGCACCGAGUCCAGCUCUGGGUUGUCCGGCACAAGACAGACAUGGACCCCAGGGCUCUGUCCCUCUGUCACCAGUGCUGCCUCAGUCCCACCCUGCUCCCUCCAGCAUUUUAGAACGAUGCUACAACCCAACCUGUGGCUGGUGAUGCCAACCCAGGCGAUGUGUGGGUCAAAAAUGACCAUCACAUAUAUGAACCCUCCUAAAACCAACACAGAAACGGCACAUGUUUGUGCCUCCUUGUGUGGAAGCAGCUCUGGCUGCCUCGUCCCGCAUCCCACCCUUGCAGCUCCAGGACAGAGCCCACACUGGUGGCCCUGCCUGCAUCUCCCAUCCCAGAACAGCCAAAGGAGCUGCUUGUUUUGGCCUCCAACUGGCUGAUGUAGCCUGGUUCCCUUUGUCCAUGAAGGAUAAAACCCGGUGCUGAGGCUCCAGUGUCAGGCCUGGCCUGGGCCUACCCUUUGUUGUGUGUCAUUUCAUGUGAUUUUGAUCACAUCCUGGAAAACAAAACAAACCUGCAGAGAAAAAUCCCAUCAGAGUUCCAGACCCGAGCGGACGGAGGAAGAAAUGCAGCCGACUCAAUAUGAGUGAUAAAGCAUACUUCAACUUUAUUGCCCGAGAUAGCGUGCAUUUAUACCAAAUACCAUAAUUAUGCAUACUUGUCUCUAUCUAAUAGGCUAAGCACUAAAAGGUUACAUUUACUUACUCCACCUACUUGGGUUUAGCUAGCUAUGCGCAUCCCCCCUUCUUCUGACUCUUAUCUCUUCAAGGAUAUCCUGACCCUGCCUUAGUUAGUACUUUUCCGUUCCCCCCUUUCCCACGGCCUAAUAGACAAGCUAACUAAGGCCUACUUAUGUCAACUAAAAUGGGCUCUGCUCGUACAGUUGCUUGGUGGACUCAUGUCCGUGCUCCUUGAGCCAAUCCCCGACAAAUCACCACCCUGUUUGGUUCGGCAGCCUGAACCCCCUCCUGAAGGGAGAGCGGGUGGAAUUUCCCGCCCAGGAGGGAAUGAUUUGCUGGAGGGGAAAAGCAGUUUGGCAACUGCACCCCCCUCAGCACCUUCAGCAAAUCAGAGCAGUUCUCUCCAUCGCACCUGGGAACCGUGAGCAGCGGGAGCUGCAGCGGGACCCGUGUGGGAGCAGGUCCGGUGCUGCCGGGGCCAGUGGGAGAUGGUUGCAGCCGGCUCCAAAGCCGGUGUGAGCAGCCAGCGCCUGCCAAAGCUGCGCCAGUCAGGGCAGCCGCGCUCCCCGCUGCAGACCCGUUGGGUGAGAGAGGCAGGAAGAAGCAGGGAAGGCUAGAAGGAAGCGCAUCGGCGCGUGCAGCCCGGUGUCCCCAUGUGGGGACAUGGCAGGGGUGAGCCCCAGCCUGGGGAAACCCCUCCCGCUCAGGAGACAGUGGGGUGGGGGCAGCUCCCUGAAGCCCCUGCCCACUGCAGAGCCCCUGGCAGGGCCUGGAGGGGGGUGGGGGGAUGGCUGUGUGCAGCCCCUGUGUGACACGGUCCGGGGUCACAGUGGGACAGCCACACGUCACAGUGGUGACAGCCCCCCUUUCCCUGUCGUGACCAGCAUCUGCCCCACUCACCCCGGUGAGGCCGAGUUGACUCCAGGCGCUGGGAGCUGCUCUCGCCACCGCUCUGCUCUGGAGUAGCUGCUCUGCAGUGAGGAGGAGAAGGCGGAGAGAGGGAGCACGACAGCACCAAGGAGGGUGAAGGUGGAGAAGGAGAAGGAGGAAGAGGAGGCUUUUUGCAGGAAGCAGGAAAGCCAUCGUCCAGCCACUUGCUGCAGUUGUUGACUGGAAGCAAGAGGGGAAUUAAGAUGGCAAGACAGCUCUUCUUGCAGCCUCAUCUGAGCCCGACCAUGGAGAAGCUUGAGCGUUAUGGUAAGGCCUUCAGGCCCAAUUUCAUAUGUGUGCCUGGGUCAAGGACAUCUCUGAAAUCAGGCAUGGAAACCCCGAGGACUGUGGGGGUGGCUGCUCAGGAGUGGUGACUGCAAGGAGGGACCUGCUUGACCAUCCCGAAGGGCUGAGGGGUUGAUGUGGCAGCCAGGGCUCCUGGUUCCCUUCCUGACGUGGCCCCUGCCUUCCUGGGGCAGCCCAGGCAGAAGCCCCUGACCCCAAAGGGCUGCCCUUGCCUGGCGCUGGGCAUUGCCCACGCUGAGCUCAUGUCUGGAUGGAAGAGCUGAAGGUGCUCGUGGGCCACGUGGGCUCUGUGUGUUCAGAGCUGUGACCCGGCAAAACUGGCCCCUGCUGGGGAGACACCAGGGCCUGCCCUGAGCCUCCGAGAGCCGCGUGGAGCACAGCCCGUGCCCCCGCGGGCAUGGCAAAGCACUGCCGGCCUCCCGCGGGAGUGGGUCACACCCUGGAGAGCUGCGCCUGCAAGGAAAGGAGCCCCUUGGAGGCAGGCUGAGGUGUCCUUUGGUUCUUGCCGGGCUGGAGAGAGACCACCUGAAAUGCCUGAGUGAAAGAUGCAUCGCUCCUUGGACAGGAGUGGGCUGAAUGGUCUUGAGGUUGCUGCCUCAGAGCAUGACAGGUCUUUCCCUUGUUUUUCCAGAGCUCACUAAGAUUUGGGCCAGCACAUCGUAUCACCUCAGCCUGCAGCUGGCUCUUCACCAGGCUGUCCGCAUUCCCGGAAUCGGGACUUUUGCGGUUGUCAGAAAGCGAGUAGCCCUCGGUGAGCAGGAUCUGGUGAUUGUGGAGCGGCCCGUGUUUCAACUUGAACAGGCUGUUGCGCAGGACCAUGAGCUCCGCUGUGGUUGCAUAGACUUUCCUGGCCAUCAAGAUUCUGAGCAACUGCCAUAUGCUGAGAUAGCCUCAGAGAACGCUGUCUCUGAGGGCACCGUGCAGCUUUGCAUGAAAAGGACCACGCACCUUUUCCAUGCCUGCCUAGAGAACAGGCAGAACGUUGCCAUCAUCUGGAGGGACGUGGGCAUGCUGAUUGUCCAGGGAAAAGAGAUAAAAAUGAGAUUUUACUUACACUUUUUGGAAAGGCUGAAUGGCACUGGCAAGAUGCUGCAAGCUCUUCUUGAGAUGCCGGAGAUGAGGGACUCGGUCAUCUCACGCCAUGACACCGCUGCUUCCCAGACCUCUUCUGGACGUGUUUUCGUCCUACCAUGGUAUGUUUGACUUCACUUGGAGGAACGUGGGACAGUGGCACAGCUUAUGCAUGUGUCCUACUGUGGACCUAGAGACGCAUUUAGGCAACAUUUCCCACUAGGUUUCUCCUAGUCCUUUUCUUUCCUCUGUGUGAGAGACUGCUCUUAGCUGUGGAGGCAUUAAUCUGCGAGGCUCUACAAGGAACUUGGAGGGCAAGAUCAGAAUUCAAAAGGGCGUUGGAAAAUCAGAGCACUAGAUAAUAUUCUGCUCUCCCUGUGCACUGUGAGCAGAAUCAUUUCCCCAGAAGCUGUUAGGGGGUUUUGUGGGAGGACGAGCAUUCUCAUGGGCAGGACAGAAAAACAUGGGCACAGGCUGACGGGGCCUCU